AUGACUGAUUCAUUAUAUUCACAUAGAGAAGAUCAAAAUAAUCAACGAUUUGAUCACUUAGCUUCUACUUUACAUCAAUUUAGAAAUACUGUUGAUAGAGAUAUACAUGGUCAAGUUCAACAAGAAGAUAGUUUAUUAAAUAAUUUAAAUGAAAAUUUUCAAUCUUUAAUGCAUCUGGUUCAAAGAACAAGUGGUGAUUUAAGAAAUGUAAUGAAUAGAAAUACAAGUUUAACAAGAAUAAUAGGGAUAAUAUUAUUAGGGUUUUUUGUUUUAUGGAUGUUGUAUAAAUUAAUAUAA